GCGUUAUCAUGUUUUCUUAGUACGUUCAGUAAAAUUCGAGUAGUAAACAGGAAAUGAAGAUCGCAAUAAUUAUCGUCUUCCUAUGUUUGUUUGCCACGCUGACGUGUGCAGAAAAUGACACCUCGGAGGAUGCUGGCAAUUCAACAUCGGAGGAGGUCGAUCCGAUGUUCGGCAAUUCGACAUUUGGGUCAGUAAUGGGAGAUCUGUUUCGGAAACUACUGUACAUGACAGCCGGUAUUACGGAACACUGGCUCGAUGUGCCUUUAGAUCAUUUUAAUUUGUUCGAUAAUCGAACCUGGCGUAUGAGGUACCUCACCAGUGACAAGUUUUUCAAGUCGGGGGGUCCGCUGUUUAUUGAAGUUGGGGGCGAGUGGACGAUCGACGGCUCGUCGCUUAUGAUGGGCGGCUUGGCCGAGCUCGCCCAAGAGCACAAUGGUUUUCUGGUCGAAACCGAGCAUCGGUAUUACGGGAAGAGUUUGCCGUUUGGGAAAGAUUUUUCCACCGAGAAGCUGAGGUACUUGCAGAUGGAGCAGGCACUGGAAGACUUGGCCUACUUUAUUGAGCACUUCAAGUUGACAACUCCCGGUUUGGCUAACAGUACGGUGGUAAUACGCGGGUGCUCCUAUCCUGGUAUGUUGGUCACGUGGAUGAGGGUUCGUUUUCCGCACAUUGUCGAUAUCUCGUACGCGUCGAGUGCAUCGCUUGGUGUCGGUUUGGAUUAUCCAGAGUACUUUGAGGUGGUGAAUGACGUAUACGCAAACGUGAGCACUACCUGUAUCGAGACAGUCCGAAGAGGCUUUAAUCAGACGACGAACCUGCUCAAAACCGACGAUGGGAGGCUUCAGGUGCGGGAAGCGUUCAAGGACUGGACUUGUGGCGAUAUCGACGAAAUGAAUUCCAUGGAAAUUCUGGGCAAAAUUAUCGUCGUUCUAAACGUAAUGCACGAUCCUUCUCAGUAUGAAGAGGUCGCCUGCUUGACGAUGGCAAUUGACGAUGACAUGUUGGACAUGCUGUGUAGGCAAUGGCAAAUUUCAAUUAAUAUACUAAAGGAGUUGAAAAGGCGUUUAACGACUGCGCCGAUAUGUGUUAUCCUCUCGGAUACCGAGGCCAGUUACGUCGCAAUUGGAGGUGUUUUUUUCCCAAAAACAAGAUGGAGAGGGGAAAGUUGAAAUUUUGAAAAUUCAGAAGGCCAGAUUGUAAGAUGGAACGAAAGAAUACGACUUCACCAUCGAACAUAGAGCUGGCACCGGAUCUGAAACCGACUAUUGGGUGGGAAGAAAAAUGGACGGCGAACCCGAUUGGUAAGAGAUAGCACCUUAUUCUUCCAAUGUGAAGGCGUAAUGGGAUUCGUUGGUGAUUGAGAACGAUCUUCUAAAGCGUAUUCCGGAGAGUGACGAUGGAACAGAGACCACAGCUGUUGAUUCCGGGGACUAAAGUUCCAGAAGUCUUGAAACAGCUGCGCGAGGGAAUUAGUGUAGGUCACUGUGGAACAAAGAAGACGCUGGAAAAAUUACACCAACGAUGUAAUUGGGCCAAGUCAGGGUCUAUGCUGUAUGGGGGGAGUAGCUACCUCCAAUCACCACCAAGGAUAUAUAUAU